AUGUUACCAUGUAACUUGACUUCAGUAUAAAUAUUUGCUUUAGAUGAUGUUGAAUGUCAAACAUGCUUCCUUUCCCAGCUCCCCACCCCAAUUAAAAACCAACCCCAAAUAAUCCAGGGGUAUUUUUCAACCUAGCUAAAGGCCCCCAGUGAGCUGCACUCUUGAAAAUCCAUUUGUCAAUUUGGCUUUCACUGAUUUCUCACUUUAUCCUUGCUUAUAUUGGUUGCAACCAGCCUGCGUUAGUUGUGCUUCGCUUCCAUUGAAAUCAGUGGGACUUACCAAGUCAUGUAUAGCUUGUUCCAUUAAACUUGGAUGCCACUGGAAUCAAUGGAACAAAUAAUGAUUUAACAAACCCUCUUAAAUUAAACAGGAAUUGAGUUCGUCUGAAUCCAGCUCAAAGUUUCUCAACCAGUCCCUAGAACCACGAUCAGCCAUCCCACCUGCAACUGUAAGAUAGCUUUGUUCACAUUGCUUUUCAAGAUUUUUUCCUCCACUUUCCCAGGCAGUCAUGGGAUUCUUCUUUCUGAGCAAUGGUGUUGCUUCUGGGAUUCCCUGACUCCAGUCAGCUGCAGCAUGGGAUGCAUAAGGAAUCCUAGUGCACUUAUAUUCUUGCCCUGGAGAUGAUGAGCAGAGCAGGGAUCACUGAUUCCUGAGGUCUCCUUGCCUAUCAGCGGAUCGCCCAAGCCAAACAGCAGCUGCUUGACCUAUCUUCUGAAGGCAGGAGAACAGGACAACAGCAAGCUCUCCUAGGGAGUUUUACAGACCAGAUGCUACCUCAAGUAUGUUGCAUUGAAGGAUCUGUGUCUUCACUAAAAGUGGGAGCCAGUAAUUUCUCCCCAAUGAAAUCUGAUUCUAUUACUUGGGCUAGGUCUCCUCACUUCUUCCAAAGGGCAUAGAUUGUUGUUUAAAAUUUGAAUGCACCCUUCAGAUCUCUCUCAACUCACUAGUGUACCUUGACCCCUAACUUGGGAGCUGCUGAUCUAAGGAUUGCUGCCAGAGUUUCUGUAACAUUAGUAAUGAUUCCCAAAUGAGCUUGUAACUCAGGUGAAUGAAGACUGACUUGGGAUUGAAUUACUUUCAGGCUGCCAUGGUGCUCAUUUUUAACUCUCAAUAUAGAAUACACUCCAAUGAUCUACCAUAUACUUGACUCUUGCCCCACCAAAAACUGCAUAAUUUUAACGUCAUUCAUUUCUUCUUCUACAAAAGCAAUACACUUUUUGUGAUUUCUGGUGACAUCUAGUGGCUACUUAUGGACAUUCAAAAAAUAUAAUAUUUUAAUAGCACUGCAGGCCAGGCAUAAGCCAAAGCCAACCUGGAAGCAAUCUGCAAAGUAUCUGGCAUUUGCAGCCCCUUCAUAGGUUAUGCCUGCCUCUGGAAUAUUCUAAAAGGUUUGGGUCUCAAACUUUUAAGGAAUGCUUCUUCCCAUAUCAACCUGCUUGUGCACCAAGAUCAGCAGAGGAGACCCUUUUCCAUGUUUCAUCUGUUAGAGCUGCCAUAUGUCUGCAUUCUCCAGGAUAUUAUUGGGACUUCAAAGGCAGAAAUGACAUCCAAGGGGCGACUUCCAAAAGGUGGCUCUUUGGCCUGGAAAAUAAAAGCUCAACAAUUUAGAGGUCUUCCUAAAAGAAGCUCAACAACUUUCGGGGUGCCUUCCUGAAUGCCCUGCCUGUAUUCUUUUAAGCACCAACUCAAUAAUGUUUCACUUUACUAGGUAUUUUAGAGCAUGAUAUUUUUAGCACACUGAAUAGUUUUAUUCUUGUUCAUCUUAUGUUAUCACUGAAUUGUGUUGUAAUGAUGUCAUGUUUCUGUAGUUUGAAGUUUCCUUUAAAUGCUACAGUUCACAUCCUGUAAUUUAAUGCGAUCCUAGAAGCCAUUUUUGGAUGAAAGUUGGCUUACUUUUUUUUUUAAAGUUAAUGCCCCUUGUUACAUACAGUACAGUACAUAUCAGUUUGCAUAAUGUAUUUUUCCCUCAGGGGUGAGGGAAAGAGAAUGAGCCAUGCAAAACUCUGAUGCCCCACUGUCAUCUCCAAAAAUCUUAUUCAGCCACCCUUAUGGAGAUUUUAACAAGCAUCACCCAAACAGUUUUAAAGCAUAUCAGUGCUGGAAACUUGGAUUCUGAAAUUCUCUGAAAACUGAAUUUUGCACCACUCUUCCACAGGUUAAUCCCUUAAUGCUUUUGGUAGUGAUCUUGCCUUUUCCAACCAUAGGAAUUAUGUUUCUUUUACCAGAUGUAUGUAGUGAAGGGGCUAAGAGACUACAGUAUAUAUCAUCAAACUCCUAGUUCAAACGUGGCCUCUGCCUUGAGCUCACUAGAUGGCCUUAGAUCAGGGGUCAGCAAACUUUUUCAGCAGGGGGCUGGUCCACUGUCCCUCAGACCUUGUGGGGGGCUGGACUAUAUUUUUUGGGGUGGGGUGGGGUGUAAAUGAACGAAUUCCUAUGCCCCACAAAUAACCCAAAGAUGCAUUUUAAAUAAAAGGACACAUUCUACUCAUGUAAAAACACGCUGAUUCCCAGACCAUCCACAGGCCGGAUUUAGAAGGCGAUUGGGCCGGAUCCGGCCCCCGGGCCUUAGGUUGCCUACCCAUGCCUUAGAUGAGCCAUAUGGGGUGUUUUAAGUGUUCUGGGCUGGGGUGUUGCUUGUUCUUCCUCUAUUUCACUGAUCUGAACUCUAUUAUUCAGUGCCGUAGUGUACAAUUUAGGUGAUGAGCCUGCUGGAUAGGAUGUCUAUGUAAGUGAUAUAGGCAUACUUAACAUGGUCCUUAUAAAAACGAUAAGAUAUGGCUGUUAUAAAAACUACAAGAAAAUGUAUAUGUAAUUCUUUGAACACUGUCAAAGGGUUAAAUAAAUGGCAGAUAUUUUAUUACCCUACAGUUUUGAAAUGAAUAGGGAGAAAUACAGUAGCAUGAUCUCUCAACUUUAUUUUGGGAUAUGGCAGCAUGUCAAAGUUGCUGCCAAGCUGACAGCAGAGCAAGCAAAAUAGCAAACUUGUACUCUGUCCACUAGCAAUAUGUUCACCAUCUUUUGUUGCUUUAAACCCAGAGGUUCUCAUAAAACAAAACACGCACACACAUAAAAGAGGACGGUUGUUUCUGGUAGCACCUUAAUCAUUGUUUUUAAAGCUCGUUUCCAGUUCAUGUCAUUUUUACAUCAUACAGAUAAAACCAAUAACACACAAAAAAGUUUCAGGAUGCAGUAAACACCUCUGAGCUGCAGGUCACAUGAAGAGACAUCACUGACCAUCCUUGUGUGCUUCAAAUUGCCCACUUUGGCAAUUUGGGAGACUGGCAUAGGGGAAAGUUGUUGCACAGUAAACUAUUGGUAAAGGAGGAAGGUGGGGCAAUGGAGGAUGUAGGGAGUGGCUAAAUGUAAUCCUGAAGACAUUUUUUUAUAUCACUGAGGCAAUUUUCUUGGUGCUGGCACCGCAAUACUUUGUCCAGCAAGAGCUGUGCCAUGUGAUCUUUGGCUCAAUACGGUCAACCCUUCAGGCACAAACAGAAUUCCAGAUCACCACAGGAAGCACAGAAGAUGGACAGAGAUGAGAGAAGCACAUUUUUGCAUGCAGCGUGAAAAUUGGGUGUGGCAGCCUGGCCAGUUUGUAAUGGUUUCCAUCUGUCAAGGAGCCUACUAGGUGCCAUCUUAGGUAAGUGGUGGUGAACCUUUUAGAGACCGAGUGCCCAAAUUGCAACCCAAAACCCACUUAUUUAUCACAAAGUGCCAACAUGGCAAUUUAUGCUCUAUGUCCAAGACUAAGAAUUUGGGGACUCAAAUUUUAGAGAAUGGGGGGAGAUGGCUCAGAGUUGUUGAGCUUUUUUGGGGGGGAAGAUUGCCCAAAGUUGUUGGGCUUUUUUUGGGGGGGGAUGGCACAGCGUUCUGCAGUUUUUUUUUUAAGGGAAGAAUACAGAAAAUCACCUCUUAGAAACACUGAAAUCCCUCACGUCAACACAGCCAGCAUGCGCCUGCCCAUUCACCAACAGCAGAUCGCCAGCUGAUUGGCGGGUGUGCAACUCCUCCCAAUGCCGCUGCGGUCGAAGCAUUUCCGGCUCACAGAAGUGGGGGGCACGCAACAUCCACCAAUGACCCUGUGGCUGGAACACACUCUAGGGAGCAUUUCCCACCAGCACUGGUGUGUGUGUGGGGGGGAGCAGCUGGUCACUUUGUCUGCUGGGGCGAUGGCACACAUGCCCACAGAUGGCUCUGAGUGCCCACUCUGGCACGAUUGCCAUAGGUUCACCACCACUGUCUUAGGUUGAUCUAUUUGUUCUGGAUUAUGGAGACUGGGAACAGUGAGCAGACCAGAAGCUCCAUUAAUAGCAGUCUAUUUCCCCAGAGUUGCUUAUCUAAGGAAUAAAACGAACAGAAGUGUCUCAUUUGAAGGGCCUGCUUACCUGGGCCUGCAGACUGAGCAAGUUCUAGUGUGCGUCAUAUUCGGGGUUUCUUUCCAACUUAAUUAAGCCUGUGUGCAUUCUUACACUCCAUGAAAUCUGUAUUUUUUCUGAUCUGUGCUGUGGCAUGGGAUUUCUAUGGCAUGUUCUUUCAUUUGCCUCAUUAAUCUGGAGAGCGCGCAGAUGUUACAGCAAACCGUUGAGGAUUUUUGCCUGGCAAAAUGUACAAUGGUGAUAUCCUGGGGCGAGUAUAAAUAUGAUGCAUCAGGCUUCCAACUGUCUACUUGGAAGGCAGACUGCAAUGGAAUUUUAAAAACCGCAACACAAAACACCAGGAUGUGUGAUGGUAUUUGAGAUGUAAAAUUUAUUAACAUCUAACUAAACUAGUUACAGGGGAUCAAAUACAUAAUAUGUUACACAGUAAGAUGAGCCAGAACUUUUAUAGCAAGUUCAUGGUAUAAAAAGAAAAAACAAAGAAAACUGGAAGACAAUAAUAUUGCAACAGUGAAAACACCCAUUGUAUAAUGAUACAGUCCAUCAGCAGGUUAAAGUAAGUACCUUCCCAAUCCAAAUGAGAUUAUCAUUUGAACAAUGAAAUAUUUGUAGCAAUCAAGCGUUCAUGUGAAGUAGAGUAACCUCUGAACAGUAACUUGAAAACCAAAAUGUUAAAGGAUCAUCCUAGUUUCUACUGAAGGAGGCCAGGAUUGUUGUUGGUUUUUGUGUGUGUUUUUUUUGCAAGGAGUCUAACAAGAUCGUGUGAAAAAAAUCAAAACAAUAUUAAAGAAUUUGGAAAUAUAUUAAUGUGGCAGCUAAAUAGGGAGAAAAGUAGAGAAGAGCGAUAGCUUUAUUGUCCUUAGAUUUAGGUGAAAAAAUAGUUGCUUUAAGUAAAAAAAGAUAUGCAGUAACACUGAUUAUGUUUUAUUGACAAGAGAAAGCUAGCUUAUUUUCCUUCUUUAUUUCCCAAAGAGCUUCAGUAUGGAGAGAGACCAUCCAAUCCACCUUCUUCACAGCACCCUAAACUGUUAUUUUUCUCCUUCCAACUACUUCAGACGGUUUAGAGAAUACAAGAAAUUCCCUUAUAUAUUUUUCCCAAACAAAAACAACUUUCACUGUUCUGUAUAUUUAUGUAUUAUAGGGUAACAGAGAACAGAAAAAAAUGUAGACCAGUAGAAAAAGCAGCUAAUUUUACUCAUCCAAUAUAUCAAAUCUGCACCAGCCCCAAACUGAGGAGAUUCUGUGCUUGGUACAUUUGAACCAAGCAUAGAAUGAACAUGACGAAAGAAUGACAAAGGUGGAACAAUUAAAUUCAAAAAUAAGAGUUGGGAUAGAUGGAUACAUGAUUGCACCCCACCUGAUUGUAGCCAUGGUCAGUUAGCAUACCCCAGACAAGGUUACCAAUGAUAUGGUCUUAUCCUGGCGCUAGGGUGCCCUAUUUCUCAAAAGGGAACCCUCUAUUUGAAGGACUGUCAGAUUCAAGUCUGGUUUAUAGAUUUAGGAACCACAAGAAGGGAGAGCAGAGAAGACCUUGAAGUUGCUCAUCAACGAUUAAUACCUGGACAGCAGGAUAGCUCACCUGGUCACAGUCUUCUCCACUAUAAGAUGUACUGACUUUCUAAUUAAAUUAUAGUACUUAUUUCUAAAUUUGCAUAACCAAAUCUGUAUCAUCUUUAAACUCGUUCCUUUAGUGAUGCAAUGCAAUGGUGGUUCUGCCCGGAGCAAGCUAGAGUAAUUCUGGCCCUGGAUAGUUGCUUCAACUUGUCCUGCCCCAGCAAACAUUUUGCAGAGAAAGUUCCUUUGGAUCCAACCUCAUAUACUUGUACGUAUGUUAUUAUUGGCUCCUUCCUUGAUUUCCUUCCACUGGCAGGUGAAAACUGUUUUAUUCCUCCAGUUCUUUUGGGAAUUGACUGCAUAUAAGGAAACGGCUCUCAAUAGUGUGAUGUACUGUGUCCCCUCCUCCCACUGCCUGCAUUUUAAUGGAUACAGUUUCAACAUAGUUUAACUGCUUUUUAACCAUAACCUUUAAUAUGUUUUUAGCUAUAUGUGUGCUUCAUUUGUAUUUAAUUUUUGUGAUUCCCAGUUAUGGGAGAAAGGUGGGAUAUAUAUAGUGCUAAUAAUAAUAAUAAUAAUAAUAAUAAUAAUAAUGGUAUCUAGAUGUAUGUUUAAUUGAUAAGAUACUAAGGGUGCUUCCAGAUGGUAGUUUGUGGUAUCAAAAACAGAAAAGAACUCAAAAAAACCCAAAACAACCUUAGCACCCUAAUAGAAUAGUCUGAAGCUUCCACCACUGGUUUGGUGCUUCAUUGCUUCUUAAAUUGUAGUGCCCAGAAUCGGACACAGUAUUCCAGGUGUGGUCUGACCACAGCAGAAGAGAGUGCUGCUAAUACUUUCCUUGAUCUGCUGUUCCUCCUGCACCAAUGCUGCAAAUCAGUGUGGAGCAGCUGAAACCAGCAAGGAAACAGACAGUCCUGCCAGUGCCAGAGUGCAGUUGUCAGGUACCUGACAGAAACCUUCCACUUGUAAGUGCCCUCAAAUAAUAUCAGAUAUGUAUAGAAUGAGUUGGUAUGGAUAUUCAGCCAGGUCCCAGCAAUUGCUGAAGCAAUUGCCUUUCCUCUUUCAUGGCACGUAAAUCAUGCAGGUUUACACCUAAUUACACCUUUAGAGUGAAUUACAGUAAUCGAAUUGUUUAGGUGGUGAUUGCAGGUAAUAAUAUGAACAUGCAAAAUUUCAGUGGAGUGGGACCAGUCCAAUUACAUAACUGGAUCCGAAGGGUUAAGACAACACAAAGUGAUGUGUGCAUGCCCUUGCACCACACUUGAGUAUCCUCCCCCAAAUAUUGGAAAAUCAGGCUGCCUAAUAUCCAGAAUUACGUACUAUGGUGGUGGUGAUCAUUGGCAUAUUUACCUGCCACAUUUUGCUCUAGUGAGGUGGGCUGGUAAUUCCUCUUACCAUAUGCAUAUACUCAGGAGAAUAAGAGGUGAUCAGGGUGGAAAUAUUUAAAAGAUCACAAAAAUACGUGAUUAAACCCUUAAUUUCAAUUGCUGCAUUCAUGGGCUCGGCCCUCCCUUGAAAAAGAAAAGCUAUGGGUUUUGCAGAAGAUUGGAUGAUGUGUGUGUAAAAGGUGAAAUUACGGCCCUGUGCCAAUGUGAUAAAGGUCAGAUGAAAUGAUGGUAAGCUAUCUGUCAUAAGUGAUGCAAUGUGUGUGAUGAACUGGCCAUAUGCCUGUUUCAUCAUGCAUCCAGUUCCCCAUUCUAUAUAUGUGAAAUCGAGAAAACAGCGAAAUGAACAUGGUGACCCACAGGGUUUGCAAAUCUUUCUUUUUAAAAACCAAAACAAAAUCUAGCAAACAAAAAUUGAAGCAAUGCACAGAGCAAUGCUCCUUUUCAAAUUGGAGCCUAGAGUUCUAUCCCAGCAUUAACUGACUAAUGCAUGCAUUACGGUAAGCUCUUGGCUCAUGAACAAUGAUUGCAUCUGUUUCUUUAAAAGCUGCAUUAAAUGUUUUGGGUUUUUUUUUAACUGCAUUUCAACUGUACAAAGCAAUAAAAGACAAAAGGAAACAAGUGUUUCCAAGGACAGCAGCAGCUAAGCAUCCAAAGCAGUAACAUUUCUGAAAGUGCAAGGCAAAAUUAAAUACCUAAGUAUUAACUGACUGUAAGCACGGAAUAUGAUUUAUGCCAAAGAUGAUAUACAAAUAAAUGGAUUGUAAAUGAAAGAGUGAAUGUGUCCAAAAAUGGAACAAACUUUGUCUGGAAAAUAAUUACUUUUUUUUAGAAGGAAUUGUCCCAAAGAAAAUUACAAGUUACAAGAAAUCUCAAUUAGUGCAAAAAAUAUAUAAUGUGUGAUAUUGUCAAAUAGUGAGACACUGCAAGUAAAUUGCUAUGCGGAUGGAAGGGUGUGGGGAAGAAAAGUUAGAAUAACUGUCAUUGCUUUAUAUGAAUGAAAAACUAGGUAUGUUAUCUCCAUAUUGAUCUAGGGUCCCAAAUUCACAUUGGGACUCUAGUAUAGGAGGGGGGGCAUUACCGGUUACCAGAUGUCCCCGUUUCCCGGGGAAAGUCCCCGGAUUUAUAAAUCAGUCCCCUGACAAAAUCAAUCUAUUUAGUAGGGAGUUGAAAAGUGUCCCCAGAUUCAUUGAUAAAAAUCUGGUAACCUUAUUUACCUCGUUCUCCAUAAUCCUAAUCUGAACUGCCCACACCAGCACCUUGCCUAUAAAAAAAGAGUUUCCAUUGAGAUGAAUGAGAACAUUUUUUUCUUAUGCACAUCGCUGGUGUGGACCGCCCAGAUCCUAACCAGGACUGUAGCAGGGGGCAACGGCUUGAACCCUCCAUGCUAAGGUCCCAGCUCAGAGCCUGCACCCCACACUACCAAUUUGUAUAAAAAAAAACACCACCAUUGCAGUUAAGGGCACAAAUAUGGGGCCAACAUAGUGCCUAGUUAGACCCUGAGUGUUUAAUGAGGCAGCAAGCAAUUGUUGUGCUGAGUGAUAGACAUGAUAUUAUUGUAAUGGAUAAUCUUAUAAAUAAAUAAACGGAGAAGUUAUUAACUGAUGUCUGAGGGGUCCCCCCCCCCUCCUUCAGAUGGAAAGUUUAUAAAGUUUUGCUAAAAUUUGGUUUCCCUUGAAACUGCUUAGGCAUAUAUAAAUGGGAGAGUCCAGAAGGUCAUUAACGUUUUCUAUUUCGCCACUCCAUCAAUGUGCAUCUGCAGAACAAACUGGUUAACUAUGUUAGCUUUAGUUUUGCAUGGUGGUGUGCUUGUGCCGUUGCGAACGCUCGUCCUCAUGCAUCUUGUGUCUAGCUAAAUUAGUUGUGAUCUAGUUGUGCACUAUACAGUAUGCAGGAAAAAACCUGCCUGAAUCUGUUCGCUUAUUAGAAGGAACAGCUCUAAACCAGGUGGGACAAAAUGCUUGUAUGGAGCUGCUCCCUUUGCCAUAAGUGAUUUGGGGCAGCUCACGCAGGGAAAAGCUCCGUAAGCAUAUUCAAAUUGAUGUAUUUUACUUCUGUUCACAGCACUUGGAUGCAAGACAUGUACUACAUACUAAGAUGAAGAAAGAAUGCUUUACUAAUUUACAGAAAGUACCAUUCAACACUGUAACCCAGGACCACUCUCCCAUCAGUUUGUAGGCAAUGGACCUGAAAGCUUAUAGAAGUAUGUGUUUCAGACUCUAAUUUUCUGCACACACGUUUCCUGUUUAGCAUGAUAUUAUAUUAAAACUGUGAUUUAACAAAAGAAAAACAAACAAGACUGCCACCUACAUUCCAAAGUGCUGUUUUGUCUACUUUGGAUUCCUUCUUCAACAUGCUAAAGAUGCUCAUGAAGAUAUUAGAAUACAUAGAGAGGAUAUAGGAAAAACAUAACCAUUUUAGUGCAAGACAAAUAUUUACCUUAAAACACUAAACAGGUAAAGGAAGAUCAUAUAUUCCAUACAUUGUAUCUAAGGCAGAUGGUUUUUUUUUUAAUAAUACAAGAUAAUAAAUGUGCUGCUCAGAAGAGGUAGAAAAUACCGAAAUCUUAUUUCAGAAAACACCUGUCUCUUAACCACAAUUAGGUACUUUGCAAAUAGUUAAAAAGGAGGGCUUUUAAAAAAAUUGUCUAGCAGGAUCUUUUUAUUAAAAACAAACCAGAAUAGUGAAAUAAAGAGUCCAUGCUCUGUAAAGAUAUUGCCAGCCCCAAAGAAAACCGUGUUUCUUUUCCAUUUGGUCAUUUUUUUUUACCCACAAGCUCUGUUUAGGACUACCACUAAAUUGCAUUUAACCAAAUGGUACUUUCGAGGAAAAGGUAGCUGCUCGCAACUAACAGCUUUUCUAUUGGAUUUUAAUACGAAUUAAGCCAUCACUAACUUUGGUUGGACUGUGCCUCAAAAGUUCAGUCUACACAGCAUGAUUCAUAUACGCCAACUGUACAAAUCUGGGACACGUUCCACUUGGAACUUCCACUGUGCGAGCCCUGCUGAAGUCUGCAGUGGUCCAGCUUCCGUAAAGGUCAACAAGGCAUAAGAGAAGUUCCUAGGUGUCUGUGUCCUUUUGCUUGCUUGUAAGGCAGUAGAACCAUCAAUGCUACUACCGCUUAGUACUACUUUCUUGGAAUAGGUUAG